AUGACCGAGGUUAUCCACGAGGCUGUGGCUGAUGCCGUGGCCAUGGCUCAGGCAGCGUGUAUAGAGAACAUGCAGAUGCUACUAGAGCAGCAGCACUCAUCCUCUGCCAGCUCAGACAGUGGCCGGUCAGAUCACUCGGACUGUCCCAGCGACGACGCACUCCGACCCAAAGGCUCGCGCAGCCGCACCCACCCACACAUCAGCACCCGCACAUACCACACUAUCAACAGCCCCAACACCGGCGUGGGUGGUGGGACCGGCCCGUAUGCACGGUCACACGCACAGACACACGUGCUGGGCAGCUCACAUCCACACCGUGGGCGAGCCGAGGUCAAGACGGGUAAGAAGGAGAAGAAAGGCAAAGGCACACGUGUGCGUGCACGGGGGAGUGGCAGCAACGCAGGAACGUCACACCGCACACACCCCAGGCAGUAUGCGAGUUCAGACCAUAGCCAGGUGCGGAUGGAUGGGCCGGAUUACUUCAACCCGACGGGUAACCAUGGCAACUUCCCGUUAUAGCCAGGCGUGAAUUUAUUGAAUAAACGUCAAAUGCAGGCAUCUCUUGGUGCACUCACC